AUGAGCGACGGCGAGUACGUCUUCCCGAACGACGAGCGAGAACAAGAAAGAUUGGACAUUGUCAACCACAUGUGUAUGGUGACCCUCGACGGGGCCUCGUGCCUGUGCCCAGAGAACAAACCCACUUCCGCCGACCGUGUCCCCGACCUCGGCACAGGAACGGGCAUCUGGGCCCUCGACCACGCCGACGCGCACCCGGAGGCGGCCAUCGUCGGCGUCGACUUCACCCCCAUAAAGCCGGGGUACGUCCCGCCCAACUGCACUUUCGAAACCGACGACGCGGAGAAGGAGUGGGCGUGGACCGAGCCCUUCGACUUCGUCUCCGCCCGCAACAUGAACGGGAGCUUCGCCAACUGGGAGGGCGUGCUGGGGCAGGCCCACAACCAUCUGCAACCGGGCCGUCACCUGGAGAUCCAAGGCAUCAUCUGGCCUCUCGUCUGCGACGACGGCGCCUUGGAGGAGGAUCCUGCGCUGCGCAAGUGGAGCCGGCUCCUCGUCGAGGCCUGCAGCAAGCUCGGGCGCCCCAUUGACAAGACAGACACGAUGCCGGCCAAGAUGGCUGCCGCGGGGAUCAGGUUUCCAAUCUCACCAUGGUCAAAGGAUAAGAAGCUCAGGAAUCUGGGCAUCCGGAACCGGGAACAGCUGCUCCAGGGUUUGGAGGCGUUCAGCCUGGGGUCCUUUGCCCGUGUGCUGGACUGGUCCAAGGAGGAGGUAGUGGUCCUUUGUGCCGGUGUACGGAAGGACCUUCAGGAUCUUAACAUCCAUGCUUAUUGGAAUAGAUACGUCAUGUACGGCCGCAAGCCAUUGAAGGCUGAAGAGGAGUCAUCUCUACGAAAUUGA